AUGGCCGCGGCGCAGCCGAGCGACCUCGCUGCGGCCUGCCAUGCGUCAGCUUUGCUCCUCGCGCAGCAUGGACAAGCUCUGCAGCAGGUACUGGCAAGCUUACAGGCGGUCCUGGCUCAGGCUGCAAAGGCCGCUGAGGUGCCCAGGCCAGAAAGCGACUGCAGCCUCACCUCCAGAAAGCAGGAGAAGAAGGCGGACGAGCCGCUAGAAGUUGUCGUCGAGCCAAGCCACGCAGGAGACACAGGGAAGGGAUCGAAGCAAAACGGGAAGCCUGUUGAGACGACUCCUGCUGAAACCACUCCGACGGUGUCCCCACAGCGCAGCGGCUGUGAGGGCUGCGUGGCGUGUACGCCCUGUGCACCGGCUCAGCAGGCUCAGCAGCCGGAUUUUCAUGUGCGGACCAUGGUCACUCCGGCCGUGUGGGCUCCGGACGUCCGGCUCCGUGAGUGCAAGCCAAGCCGGCACAGCUCGCUAAGCCGAGCCUCCUUGCGAUACCUAGCUGUUCUGUUGUGCGCAUCCCUGGCUCGGCCUAGCCGGGCAAGAGCAGAACGGCCGAAGGGGCCAAAGAAUGCGGCCAAAGUUGCUCUCAUAACAGGGGCAUCGACAGGAAUCGGCAGGGCGACAGCGCAAGAGCUGUGCCAAAGCAGCUCGUAUUCAAAAGUCUUCCUUGCAGGGCACAACGAAGCAAAAACCAAAGCGACUAUUGACGAGAUAGGGUCGCCUUCAAAGCUGGAGUAUCUCCCGUUGGAGCUUUCUUCCUUUCAAUCAGUUCGGCAAGCCGCCAAACAGUUCCAGGAUACGGGCUUACCUUUGCACACCUUGGUUUGCAAUGCGGCCGUGAUGGCGUUGCCACAGAGGCAGGUCUCCGCUGAUGGCAACGAACUCCAGCUCGAAGUCAACUACCUGAGCCACUUCUUGCUCGUUAACUUGUUGAUACCGCAGCUUUCGAAAGCUGGAACGGAUGAUGAUCCUGCAAGGAUCAUCAAUGUGUCGUCCUCGGCUCAUUUCGUCCGGAGUCCGCUGGCCUUUGGUGACUUGGAGGACCUGAAUCUAUCAGGUCGUGAAGGCGAUAGAUAUGCAUACUAUCCCUGGACGGCUUACGGGCAGUCGAAGCUUGCGCAGGUGAUGUUCACCUAUGAGCUUGCUAAGAGACUCAAAGCUCAGAGCUUGCCGAUCGUGGCCAACGCGCUGGACCCUGGAAUAGUGGAUACCGAGCUGCAGCGUUAUCUUCCAACCAAGGCCCCGGCUGCACUGAUGAAGUUGGCAAAGACACCCGAGCGUGGGGCGGAAAUCCCGGUGCUCCUAGCGACGACGGGAGCUGGGUUGUCUUCAGGUGGAUACUGGGUCGAUGGACAGCUAUCGGAAAGCUUGGGCCGUGGGAAGUCUCCGAUGCCUAUGAACUCCGAGCUCGCUGUGGAAGGGACGACCUCCUACGAUGAAAGUGCUUGGCGGGCGCUUUGGCGCUGCAGCUCUGAACUGGUUCUGGACAUCGGUGGAGAGCCUGGAUUCCUUGCCGCAUCGCUUCUCGAUCGAGGUAUAGCUGUGACUGUGGUCGACGGGCAUUGGGGGAAGACGGGCAAGAGUAACAGCCACACGCAACUGCAGGAGGCGAAGGUGAAUGGGCUGCCGUCACCUCAACUUCGGGCUAUCUGCGCUACCUUCGAUACGGACUUCGUAGAAGAGCACAAAAACCUGGUUGAGAAUGCCAGUGCCAUUGUGUCCUUGUAUGGAGACGAAGCAACAACGCCUUGCCUGCAGUAUGCAGCCAUCGCAAAGAUUCCUUGCGUGGUGAUACCCUGCAACGAGUGCGUGCGCUUCUACCCGCCCCACCAGCGCAACUACGAGGGCUAUUGUCAGGCUCUGUUGUCCUUCGCCAACGAUCAGGGUGGCCGGUUCCAGCGUGCAGCCCUGGAGGGUGCACCGUUUUCCCGUAUGCUGUUGGUGCAGCUUCCAGACUCUGACGAGUUUCGGCAGACUCGAGAGAAGCUUGAGUCACACUGGCAGCAGACACAGCAACAGUGGCAGCAGCAACAGUGGCAGCAGCAGCAGCAGUGGCAGCAGCAGUGGCAGCAGCAGCAGUGGCAACAGCAGCAGUGGCAACAGCAGCAGUGGCAACAGCAGCAGUGGCAACGGCAGCAGUUGCAGCAAGGCAACCAGCAGCUGUGCCAACAACAGCACUGCCACCACCAACAAAAUAACACUCCAAUGCAGCCUUCCCAGCAGAUGCAACACUCAGUGCAAGCUCAAAGUACGAGUCCAGUUGCAGGGUAG